UAUCAGGUUCAUUGAGGUGGGAAGACCCACCUUGAUGGUGGGCAGCACCAGUCAAUGAGCUGGAGUCCUGGAUUGACUUAAGAGAGUCCAGCACCAACAUUCUGCUUCCUGGAUGUGGAGACAAUGGGACAGCUGCCUCAAGCUCUUGCCACCAUGCCAUCCCCACCAUGAGGGACGGUGUCCUCUCCAACUGUGAGCCAGCAUGGACCCUUUCUCCCAUAGGCUGUUUUUGCCCGGUGCUUUGUUUCCACGAUGAGACAAACAGUUGGCACAGAGGGAAAGUAGAAGGGGUUCAAAUGCCAACGCGGACGAAGACGACCCAGCUAUCAAUCUGAUUUGCUUUAGUGGAGAACUUCCAAGAGACAGACAGCACUGAGAAUGUGAGACAGACAUGACAUCAGAAUUUGAGUGGAGAAUUCCUGUUUUGAAUGUGCCUCUCGGAGUUCAUAUAUUGGAAACAUCAUCCUCAUGUUCACGUUAACACAGGAAUCAUCAGAGAAUCCUCCCUGCCAAACACCAGUGGCCCAUUCUGAGGCAAGAGAUUAAGGCUUACUUGGUGUUUAUAGGGAUGGACCUUGGUUUGAAGACCACCCACUGAAGUCCAUGUUCUUGUGUCCCAGGGCAAAGGACUGCAUCAGGAAUACAUGUGUAAAAACAGAACUAGAGGCAAUUAGUUAAGAAAAGGAAAGCACUCAUGAUAAUGUGAGUGGGCUAGUGAGCUGGGUAGAAGGCAUGCCAUCAAAAAGCACUGGGUUAUGGGGCUUGCUACCUUUUAGGUCAUUUCUACAGCACUCUCUCGUUUCCAUGGCAUGAGCUUUUCUCAAGCGUGUUACAUGUAGCUCUAAUGAGGAAGCGUUUUCCGUCUUUCUCUCCCUGGUAUAUUUGAGGUGACAGGCUGGUCAGGCAAUGCCUCUCCUGACAGUUGCUGUAGAGCAUUUGGCAAGCCCGCUACUGAGAGCCUGCCCAUGAGUCUAUAAACAGACUCUUCUAGUGUCCAGAUCCCAGAAUGGUAGGAGCCGUUCUCACUUGCCCAAGGAAGUUUCCAGAUCAGGUUGCCGGACUCCAGAAUACCAGUGCAGGGGUGGGAGACGCCGGAGGCCACACAUCCUACCCCUUUAGUGACUGUACCUCACCUCCAUGUGACCCUCCUCUUCACCUCCCUUGUAUUCCCAUAGCCAUACAUUUGUGCCCCAGAAAUCCCUCCCAUUGUGCUGUGAAACCUUCCCCCUUCCUCUAGGACACUCCUCCUCCUGGGCCUGAGACUGGCCACACUGCCAUUUGUCUGCUUGUCUGUAUGACAAUGCCAUAAUAACUCCCCUCAAGUUUUUACCCAAAUAGACAAUACAUCCCCAUGUCCCUCCUCACAACCUGGAAGCUCAGACCAUUCACGGCCAACUGGCUUCUUUCAUGUGUUGAUGUUGAUAUUACUUUCCUCAGUCUCUGUUCUCCCUCCCUGCUGGCUGAUGCCUCAGCCUGGGUUCACUUCAGAUGACCCUUGCUGUGGCCAUGGAAUUUCCCUUUGUUCUGCCGUUCCCAGGACAACCACCAUGUUCCACACGGGACUGUGAAUACAUGGGAAAGACUCCAGAAGAUGCUUCGUGUCUUGCUGAUAUGCCUCCUGCCAGUGACCAGUGGGAAGAGCUGCCUCCGAUGCUGGCCAGAGCUGCCCACCCUGCUGGACUACGACCUGCAGGUGCUCUGGGGCAGCCCAGGGCCACCCACAGAGCUCUCACAAAGCCUACACUCCUUUUUCCUGGAGGAUAACACCUUACUCAUGCCCUGGUAUCUUGCUCAAGACCAUUUGGAAGAGGAAACAGCUACUUUCUUCACCCAUGUAGACCAAGCCAUUAAGAAGCUGAGGGAUGAUAAGUCAGCACUUCUGGAAGAGAUCAAUGUUCAGAAGGGUCUUCUGUCUGAGAAGCUGAAAGAGAGGUCCCAGGAGCUAAAGCAGAGGGCCUGCAAUGACUCCUGUGACCUCCUGUCCCCAGUGGAAGUCGCUGUAUGCGCUGACUGCCAGACGCACUUCCUGUCCUGCAAUGACCCCACCUUCUGUGUAGGUCAUGUCACUCGGUCCUACAAGUGGCUUGUGAUCCUCAUCAGCAUCCUGAUGCUCCUGGCUGUGGCUGGCAUUGGUGGUUACUUUUUCUGGCUCCAAAAGAAGAAGGCUGUUGAGGUACUAGGAAACACUCCCCUGUCUGGGGUGAGUAAGGCCUUGAGGCUCAGCUCUUGCCUGCUGGGUCUGGUGUGUGCAGAUAUUGGAAGCUGGGGCCCAGGACCCAGAUAAGCAAAGUUCCUCAAGUCUCUUGUUCUCACCAGAGUGCCCCUGAAGAGCCACCUCCCCCCUCUGCCCUGAACACUGACCUGAACAAGCCAGCAGGGUAAUAGCUUUGUCCUGGCCCCCGGGGUGGCUUUGGUCGGCGGGCGGGCGGGACUCGCAGUAGCAAGUCAGAGGGCCUGGGACUGCGUAGCAAAGUCCCAUUUCUUUCCUCUUUGCAGGGAAGAGGCAGACAGUUACCUCCCUCAGGAAGUGAGCAGCACUCAGAACAGCAAUCAGAACACAUGGUAUCUGACAGCUAAUUCAUCUCUGGCCCUGGUGACUAUCCCUCACACAACGCACUCCUCCAUGGGGCCAGGAGAGU